AUAAGUGAAUUUCAUACAUUAGAAAAAACUUUAGCACGUACAACAGAUCCGAUCCAACGAAAACAAAUCUUAAAACAACAAGCACAAUUAGGUGGUUUGAAAACUUAUCAAGCUGCUUCUAGUUAUGCUGGUUCUAAAGAAAAAGGUGGAGAGACCGGUAAAUGGUGUGCGAAAGCUUUACAGGAACAUUUAGGGGGUAAGAAGAAUAUUACUCUAUUGGAUGUGGGCGCUAUCUCAGGAACGUCUUAUGAAAAAUUUCCUUGGAUUAAAACUACUUCUAUCGAUCUCAAUCCUCAAGAUACAUCAAAAGUUUCAAAGUACGAUUUUAUGAAGUUUCCAAUUCCAGAAGAAAAGUUUGAUGUGAUUGGUCUCAGUUUAGUAUUAAACUUUGUAGGUGAUCUUAAACAACGAAGCGAGAUGAUAAAACACGCUCAUCAAUACCUAAAACCAUUUGGAUAUCUAUACAUAGUCUUACCUUUAGCAUGUGUAGAAAACUCAAGAUAUCUAGACUCAAACAGAUUCAAAUCAAUUCUCAAUUCACUAGGUUUCGUAUCUCUCAAACAACAUAAUUCAUCUAAACUUACUUUUUGGUUGACUCAACGUUCUGGAACAAAUGGUAAUGGUGUGAUUCAAAGAAAUGUUAAAUGGCCUAAAGAAGAGAUCCGUAAAGGAGUUAAUAGGAAUAAUUUUUGUAUUAAAGUUUAG